AUGGAGAGCCCACUGGCCAGCCCUCAGCUCAUAGAGAUGGCAGCAGCAGGCCUCAGCUUCCCCUCCCACACCACCCCUGAAUCAUGGUGCCUCCCAAGCCUCGUCCACAGGAAAGACUGGAGACUGGGAUGGGAACAGAGACUACUGGGCCUCUCUGGCCUUUCAUCUCUUUCACCAGCCCCGGUGGCCAUGAAGAGGGUGCUGCUCCCUGUCCUGGCUCUCUGGGUGGGGUGCUGCCCUGGAGGGGCCUUGGCCAAGCAAGUCCUGGGCCCAAGAGCCCAGGCCCAGCCAACCCCCACAGGGCUGCCCACCCUGCAGCCACCACCACCCAGCGCAUCUGGGCCCCCGGACGGUCAAGUGCGACCCAUGCUCAGGAAUGGGAGCCCAGACAUGCCUGACGACGGGCAGCUGGGCAGGCCAUGGCUACGGCCUGCCUCCAAAGAGGGGGCCCCCAGAGCCCCCACCCGGACCACAGCCCCUCACUGGAAGGUCCUCGCCAGACCCGGGCUGACCCAGAGGAAGUCGACACAGCCGGCAGCCUCGGAGCACAAACAGGGCCACAACCAUGGGGCCGGCACCAUACAGGUCCAUCCCCAGGCCACAGGUACAACAAGGCCUGGGGCAGCAAGCACCCCCCGAGCCCAAGAGGGUGCCAUGGCUGCCAAGAAGGGCCAGGGUAGGGAGGUCAGAGGCCGGGAAGCCAAGAAAAAGGGCCCAAAGCCCAAGAGGUACCCCAAAGGGGCCCCCCAGCACCCCAGGCCAGCAGACUGGCAUGAGAAGAAGGAUCAUAGCCAAGGCGAAGGGGGCAGCAACACCUCGGGGACCACAGGUCAUGGGCGAAAAAGAGCUGGAAGCAGGCGAGGGCAGAACCCUGGGCCUAUAGGCCCAGGCACUCCAGAGUGGGUCAUGCCUUCCCUGCCAGCCUCCUGCCUCCUGGCCCAGGCGGCCAUCGCUUGCGGCAACGUCAAGAUGAAACGUGUCCCUGUCCUAUCCGACCCCGGCCUGACCACACUUUACCUGGCAGAGAAUGAAAUUGCCAAGAUCCCAGCCCACACGUUCCUGGGACUACCCAAUCUGGAGUGGCUCGACUUGAGCAAGAAUAAGCUGGAUGCCCUUGGCCUGCACCCCCACGCCUUCAAGAAUCUGACGCGGCUGAAGCGGCUGAACCUGGAUGGGAACUUGCUGUCCAUGGUGCCAACCUUGCCCGCCUCCUUGCAGGAGCUCAAACUCAAUGACAACCUUCUUCAGGGCCUGGAGCACAGCAGCUUCCGGGGUCUCAGCCAGCUGCUGACGCUGGAGGUAGAAGGGAACCGGCUACAUGACGGAAACAUCUCCCCUGUGGCCUUCCAGCCCUUGCGCAGCCUGCUGUACCUGAGGCUGGACCGGAACCAGCUUCGAACCAUCCCACCCGGCCUGCCAGCCUCCCUGCAGGAGCUGCACUUGGGCACAAACGUCAUCGAGGAGGUGAGAGAGGGCACACUGAACCACAGCCGCAGCCUCAGUGUGCUGGUUCUCAGCAACAACCGGCUCCAGGAGGACCGACUGGCACCCCGUGCUUGGAUCGAUCUUCCGAAGCUGGAGGCCCUCGACCUGUCCUACAACCAGCUGGUGCACGUGCCCUCCUUCCUGCCCCGGGGCCUCCGCCACCUGAUGCUGCACCACAACCGCAUCGAGCGCAUCCCCGGCUACGUGUUCGCGCACAUGAAGCCCGGGCUGGAGACCCUGCACCUGGCCCACAACAGCCUGAGCGAGGAUGGCAUCCACAGCGUGUCCUUCCUGGGCCUGCAGGCCUCCCUGGCCGAGCUGCUCCUGGACCACAACCAGCUGCAGGCCAUCCCAAGGGGUCUCCUGGGCCUCCGGGCACUGCAGGUGCUACGUCUGAGCUACAACAAGAUCAGACACGUGCCCCUGAAUUCCAUCUGUGACACACGUGUGACCCAGGACUCCAACCUCAUCUCCACGCACCUGGAGAACAACCUUAUUGACCGGCGCCGCAUCCCACCCACUGCCUUCUCCUGCAUCCGGGCCUACCAUAGCGUGGUCCUCGAGCCCCAGCAAAGGGAGGGGGAGUCUGCCUAG